AUUCAGCGCUGUUCGUUAAGACCGCGUAAAAUGUUUGUAGCCUACUGCACACGGAAAGCAACCCGUUAUUUCCUAAAACUACAAGUGCUGAGGAAGUUUAUUGAUAAACGUGUGAAAGAUGGGGCGGGAGAAGGACGCUAAAGAAGACGAGAAGGCCAAGCACAAAGCGACGAAACUGAAAAGACUGAGUGACAGUGAACGCGCAGGAGCUGGGGGAGAUAACAUGAAGAAGAGCCCAAAUCCAACUAAAGCCACGGAGAACAUGGAUAAAAGGAAAUCUCAUAAAAAGGUCAAGACACCAAAGAUGGAGAAUUUUGAAUCAUCCAGCAGCAUCAGUGAAUCUGUGAAACAGGAACCAGAGGAUGAUGCUUUUACAGCAAAGAAGAAAGGAGUGAAAAGGAAAAGAAUUAAAGAUGACCCUGAAGAAGGCACCAGUGAUUCUGCUAAUUCACCUACCCUAAAGAAGAAGAAAAAGCAACGUCAUCUCGAAGAAGAAGGUGAUGGAGUGGCUCAGACAAAGACGUCAAAGAAGAGAACACAAAAGACGGUAAAGAAGGAGGAAGAAGAGCAGGCAGUGUCAAAAAAAAGUAAGAAGACAAAGGAGGAGAUUGAAGAAGCAAGACAGCUGAAGAUCAAAAAGAAGGAGGAGGAGGAGCAGAACCGCUGGAGAUGGUGGGAGGAAGAGAAGUAUGAAGAUGGGGUGAAAUGGAAGUUCUUGGAACACAAAGGGCCCUACUUUCCCCCUGAGUACCAGCCUUUACCUGACCAUGUUCACUUCUACUAUAAUGGUAAAAAGGUAAAGCUGAGCCUGGCGGCAGAAGAGGUGGCGCUGUUCUUUGCCCAGAUGCUGGACCACGAGUACACCACCAAGAAGGUGUUCCGCGAGAACUUCUUUAAAGAUUGGAGAAAGGAAAUGACCCAUGAGGAGAGGUCGCUGAUUCAAGAUCUUGAUAAGUGUAACUUUGGAGAAAUCCAUGCCAUGCAUAAAGCCAAGACAGAGGCCAGGAAAAAUAUGUCCAAGGAGGAGAAAAAGGCUUUGAAAGAGGCAAACCAGAAGAUAGUGGAUGAAUACGGCUACUGCCUUCUGGACCACCACAAAGAACGCAUUGGCAAUUUUAAGAUUGAGCCUCCGGGGUUAUUCCGAGGUAGAGGCGAGCAUCCCAAGCAAGGCAUGCUGAAGAAGAGGAUCCAACCAGAGGACGUCAUCAUCAAUUGCAGCAAACCUGUGUUUAAGAGUCUUAAACUUUUUCUGGAGAAUAAACAGCCCGGAGACGAACUCUUUGACCGCCUAAACACCGGCGUUCUGAACAAACACCUGAGUUCUCUAAUGCCCGGUCUGACUGCAAAAGUCUUCAGGACAUACAACGCCUCCAUCACUCUGCAGCAGCAACUUAAGGAGCUCACAAACAGUCAGUCACGCUUGCUCGCUGCACUUGAUGAUUCCUUCUCCGUCAGGCUGGUGGAGCGGAAAAAGGCCGCAGUGAAGCGUUGUGAAGAGCAGCUGCUGAAGCUGGAGGUCCAGGCAACCGACAGGGAAGAGAACAAACAGAUCGCUCUGGGUACCUCAAAGCUCAACUACUUAGACCCGCGGAUAUCCGUGGCCUGGUGUAAAAACAUGGAGGUACCUAUAGAGAAAAUCUACAAUAAAACCCAACGGGAGAAGUUUGCCUGGGCCAUCGACAUGACAGAGGCAGACUUUGAGUUCUAACCUAAAACUUAUUCAAGUCUCUCGUCUUAAAAGGUGACAUAAGCUGCAAUUCAGGAACCACUCCGUUAAUUUUACAUACAGUACUUUAAUGCUGCAUUUAUUGUAUUUUCAAAGACUGCCCAUGUUGUACUUAUAAGUGUGUGGUACGAUCGAGCUGUGCUUAAUGUGCUUUUGCUUAGUGGUGUUUGUUUUUGUUCGACACUUUCUUUGGAAAAACUGCUGUUAUUUGCUGUUUGUAUGUUUUUGUUUGCAUUAAUCUGAAUAAAGGUUCCCAUUAGGCAGUAA